GUACCUCCCUGGCCCCGCCCCCGCCUCCGGGCUCCGGCUCCGCUUGUCGAGCCCCUCGCGCCCCGCAGGGGCCGAGAGGGAGCGAGUGAGCCCGGUAGGAAGCGAGGGCGGGAGCGGUCGAGCCUCCGGCCCCAACAGCAUAAACCGAAAACAUGGAAAGGAACAGUCAUCCAUUUUUCACUCCUCCUACUGUAUUUGCUAAUAAUAGUUUGAUCCUGUGGACUCUUUGCUCAGUGUUGGUGCCAGUGUUGAUCACCUUGUGGUGUAGCUUCCAGAGGUCCCGGAGGCAGCUUUACCGGAGAGACAUUUUCCGAAAGAGCAAACAUGACUGGCGGGACACAGACCUCUUCAGCCAACCGACCUACUGCUGCAUGUGCUCCCAGCACAUCCUUCAGGGUGCUUUCUGUAACUGUUGUGGGCUGUGCACCGAUGAAGACUGCCUCAAGAAAGCAGAUCGCCGGUUCCAGUGCAAAGAGAUCAUGCUGAAAGGUGAUGAGGUUGACCAGAACAACAUGCCUCACCACUGGAUCCGUGGCAAUGUCCCUCUCUGCAGUUACUGCCUUGUUUGCAAGCAGCAGUGUGGUAACCAACCCAAGCUCUGCGAUUACAGGUGCAUUUGGUGUCAACACACAGUACAUGAUGAUUGUUUGGAAAGCCUAAAGGAUGAAAAGUGUGAUUUUGGAGAAUUCAGAAGCCUCAUCAUUCCCCCAGGUUAUUUGAGUGAAAUCAGUAAGAUGCGUAAGGACAAAAAAACUGAUUAUGGAAAGAUAACCUUAUCCUUGGGAACUCAGUGGACUCCAAUAAUCAUCUUAGCCAAUACUCGUAGUGGAAAUAACAUGGGGGAUGCCCUACUGGGAGAAUUUAAGAUUCUACUAAACCCAGUCCAGGUUUUUGAUCUGACCGAAGUUCCCCCCUCCAAGGCCUUGCAGCUUUGCAUUCUGCUUCCUGAUAAUUCUGCCCGAGUCCUUGUAUGUGGUGGGGAUGGCACCGUAGGCUGGGUCCUAGAUGCAAUUGACGAAAUGAAGAUCAAGGGACAAGAACAGUACAUUCCACAGGUUGCGAUCUUGCCUCUCGGAACAGGCAACGAUCUAGCCAAUACACUGGGCUGGGGUGCAGGAUACGCUGGUGAAAUUCCGGUGGCACAGAUCUUAAGAAAUGUAAUGGAAGCAGAUGGAGUUGAACUAGAUCGGUGGAAGGUGCAGAUAACGAAGAGAGGAUAUUACAGCUUAAGGAAGCCAAAGGUAUUCACAAUGAACAACUAUUUUUCUGUCGGACCUGAUGCUCUCAUGGCACUAAAUUUUCAUGCUCACCGUGAGAAGACGCCAUCCCUGUUUUCUAGCAGAAUUAUUAAUAAGGCUGUUUAUUUAUUCUAUGGAACCAAAGAUUGUUUAGUACAAGAAUGUAAAGAUCUGAAUAAAAAAGUUGAGCUAGAGUUGGACGGUGAGCGAGUAGAUCUGCCGAAUUUGGAAGGAAUCAUAGUUCUCAAUAUUGGAUACUGGGGAGGCGGCUGCAGACUGUGGGAAGGAAUGGGAGAUGAGACUUAUCCUCUAGCCAGGCAUGACGAUGGGUUAUUGGAAGUAGUUGGAGUGUAUGGGUCUUUCCACUGUGCUCAAAUUCAAGUGAAAUUGGCUAAUCCUGUCCGAAUAGGACAGGCACAUACUGUCCGGUUGAUUUUGAAGAGCUCAAAGAUGCCAAUGCAGAUAGAUGGAGAGCCUUGGGCCCAAGGGCCCUGCAUAGUCACCAUCACUCAUAAGACACGAGCAAAGAUGCUGUGUUUUACUGGGGAGCAGACUGAUGACGACGCUUCCAGCACAUCGGAGCAGGAGGAGCACACCCAAGAGACUGAAGCUACUGAUGAAGAAUUGUGAUCCUCUACACAAGUCCAACUGUAGAGAUCUUAGUCCGCUCUUCAGUUUCUUUAGAAUGUUGUCAGCACUGUAAGAAUUGGGGGGGGGGGGGGGAACAUUCUAAAGAAAGCUAAGCUUUAGGUUACUUGCAAAAGUUCAAUGCUUAGUUUUAGCAAAAUACUUUCACUAUAUGCUCUUCAACUAAAAGUUACAGAAGUUACACCAUUUGCAAAAUGUAUUUUUUUUUCAUUGUAUGUUUUUCAGUGACAGGGAUAUAGACUUUUAAGUCUAUACUGUCUCAUUCUUUUUUCUGGUAGCAAAUGUCUGGUAUGCACAUUUUAUGUGCAUCAAGGUGUGAUCUGAAGAAAUAAAAUUCUUUUCCUUUAUCAGUUUUUAGUUCAUAGCAUUGGAACAUUUUAAAACAUAUCUAUCAUUUUUGUGGAAAUGCACUGAUUUAAGCUAGGACUGCAUGGAAUUUUAAAGAAAUCUUAGGCACUGAUAAAAUUGUCCAUCUACUUGGCUGCACUUUAUUCAUUAACUGAAGAUUCCUAUAUCAUCAGGCAGGCAGAGGAUUCAUCCACAAAGACUGCCAUUAAAGAAAACUGGCCCCUUUAAAUUUUACUACAGGAUCAUUUUCAGACAGCUGGCCAAUCACCAUAGUUUAAUUGGUUACCCAACUUAAGGGUUUGGUUUCAGAAUCUCUGAAACAUUUUUAUAGCCCAAAAACCAGUAGGAAUGAAUUGGGACUAUAAUCAGAUACUUUGUAUGAGCACUGUUAAAACUCACUGUCCAUGGAAAUCUGUGCUUGUCACUUCUCUCUUCUGGAUGGUAAUUUAAAGAGACAUUGAAAUUUGAAGGUACAUUUUAAAAUGUGCAAGUGAAAUUUGUUAAACAAGCACUGCCCAACCAGAAUAAUUGAUGCAUUUUACAUGCAGUAGCAAGUUCCAAGAAAAAAAUGCAUAUGGGGUAAAUAGGCAUUUUUAUCAUUCUCAGAUAUCUUGAAAUAAUUAUGUUCUUGAUGUUCUCCCAUUUAAAAAAUAACAAUGAAUAAGUGUUUACAUCUUAUGAUUUGUUUAAAAUGAGAAAUAUAUGUAUAUUUUUUUUUUACUUAUUUAUUUGCCUGAUACGUGCCUGUUUGUACAGCACAUAUCAGUUAAUCAGUUAAUAUACUGUGGUAGCUACUUCUGUUGGAUUGAAAUUUAUUAUAUGGGAGGGCAGCUAGAUGGCGCAGUGGAUAAAGCAUCGGCCCUGGAUUCAGGCAGACCUGCGUUCAAAUUUAGCCUCAACCACUUGACACUUACUAGCUGUGUGACCCUGGGCAAGUCACUUAACCCUCAUUGCCUUGCAAAAAAAGAAAUGUAUCAGUUGGGCCCUUGCUUGGAUGGGAGACCACAGCUUGCCUAAAUAUUCUUGUUCUCCAAUUAUAGCCUUCCUAAGAGCUCAAAAAAAAAAACAACGAAAAGCACUGGCAAGUGACUUUCGGAUAACUGAUACAUCUGUAAACCAUUUUUAAUAUCGUAUUGUUUGUCUAGCCUGGCAAACUCCUGUGAGAGGAUAGUACCAAAGGACUGUUCUCAGAGUUGUCCAGGAGGGGGCGCGCUUUUGCCCCAGCUGCUGCUUCCAACUGCGAACCCAUGGGCCUUCCACCUUUCCCUCUAGCCUAUUGUGUCAUGACCAAGUCCUGACAGUUUUUAGACGAGGUAUGGUUGUUUCUCUUUGGCAUCAGCCUCAAAAUAUCAGGAAUGUACCCCUGACACCCCAAACACCCCUAGCUUCUUUUAAUAAUUGAAGAUGAGUGUAUAUAUCAUUUGUAAAUUGGUUUAAACACCUUCUUGAACCUACUGAUAUUUCCAGUCCAUACUGUCUUUGGGAGAUAGCAAGUUACAUGUGCCCUUUUCACUUGUCCUAACUUUAUCUCUUCUGAGUUUCAAGGAGUGAGUCCCGAUUGUAGCAUUGGAAGAUUUGGUGAAGGACUUUUAGCAUGGAAGUGGUAGAAUUUCACAGGUUUGGCUUAUUGCUUGGUUUUGUUGUGUUUUCUUGAACAGAGUAAUCAUGUAUGAGUAUAAUGAAAUUAGGCAUAUGAUUUGUUCCAUAAUCAAAAUUCUAUCCUGGGCCACUAGCAUAUUUCAUGUUUUCCUGUGCUUGGUGCACAGGGUUGAAGUAGUGUAAAGGGUAGGGACAAAGGAACUAGUUAAUUGAAUGUUUUUCUUAUUCAAAACUGUCCUGCAUCUGUUAUUUUCUCUCAAGCAACCAUAGUCAGAAGUCAAGCCACUGCAUAAAAUAACUUCUAAAAACUGUUCUUUAAGCAAAAUCACCAAGUAGAUUUUGAAAUAGCCCUAUAUCUUAAAUAGUUCAUCCAUUCAUUCUUUUUCCUUAGACAUACCAUUUUCCAGUGUCAUUUCUAGCAUCGCUCAAGUGAUCAUUUUAAAAUUUGAUACUUGGAAAGGUAUUAUGGGAUGUUAUUGUGUAUUAAGGAGGGAAAGUGUCCUACAAAAAAGUAUUCCUGUCUUAUUUUAACAAAGUAUGUUUAAGUUUUUGGACAUAUAGCCAGGUAUAUACAAGUAAAUUUCACUUGCAGAAAAUCUGAUUGAGAAAGUCCAAAGUGACAGAGCCUGGUCUUAAGGAGAAGUGUUUUCAUCACAAGGGAUGUUUCAUUUCACAAAACUUCAUCAUGUACUCUCCUAGUUCAUUCUAAAAUCCUUCCCCUCCUAAAAAAAAUCAACUUAUAAUUUCUCAGGCAGAGAACAUUUCUACAAAAUUAGUACAUAUCCAAAUUCCUCUCAUCUUUCACUGUCUUGAUACAUCCCUAAAUCCUAAUAAGUGUAGUUAUUUGAAAUAGAUUUUGAGGCACUUACACUUCCCUUUGCUGUAAGCUUUAGUUAAAUUGGAGUAUAGUCAUUUAAAAUUGAUUUUUAAGUUGUCGGACUGUUUUGUUUUUUUUUUUCCAAGAGAUUAUCUGUAUUUAAAGUACCAGCAGCUUUUGUUUUACUAUCUGAAAUGUUUUCUUUAAUCCUUAGCAGUGGAUUUACUAACAUUUUUUAAAAUUUUUACAGUCAAAGUGGUUCAUGUUUUAUUGUUUUAAGGUCUGUCAGAAAUAUAUAGUAAUUGUCUUUUGAAAUACAGUAGCUUACUUGGUAUUGUAAAAUACUGUGAUUCAGAAGCUAAGUCCUCUUUGCCAUGUAAACCCAGAAACUACCAGCAUGUCUGAAGUGAAAACGUAUUCCCUUUUUUGGAAAUACUUUACAGUUGUAAUAUAAACUUUUUUUUAUUUUGAUAUGUAUUAUGAAAUUCUGAUAUUGCACUAAAUAGAAUGACUUUUAAAGCUGUAUCAUUUUUCAUAUUAAUGUAGGUCUGAAUGCAUAAUUUUUGUUUGUCCCAAAUGAGCAAUGAGAGGGGUAAAGUUUCCAUGCCUUCCCCCACACUGAAUGUUGACAGAGGAGGAAGAAUCUGCACUUUAUUUAGAGAUUUUGGCAAAUCUGAGGAGAUAAGAGUAUGGCAUAAUAGAGUUUAAGAAAAAUAAGCAGAAGCCCCAGCUCUGUAAAGGUGCAUUCCCAGACACAAGUACCAAGAAUAUGAUUUGUUUGGCUUUAUUUGUAUUUUAAGGAAAUUGACAGACCUGCUACUGUACUUGCCUUUAGGGCCUGUGUCCCCCACAUCUUCUGUUCCCAUAAGUCUGCAGAAGGACAUCAGAUGCACUUAAAAUUUGUUUGAAAGACUAAAUUACUUUCCUUUUUUCUCAGAUACCCAAAGUGUUCUUUCUAAGACAGGGUGGAGAAGGGGAAUGUGUUUAAUAGAAAACAUAAAAUAUUGUAUGACUGGCAACUUGUGUAUAGUUAUUUUCACUUCCCAGUUUUAUACUUCCCCUUUGAUUUUUUUUUUUAUUUACAUUAUUAAAUUUUUUCCCUUGUUUCACUUUGGUUUUGUUUGGGGUUCUCUGGAACAGUGGUCAAUUGGCCACUUCAUAAUGUUAAGAUAUUUAUUGAGUAGUAAAGCACUGGCUUUAACCCCUUCUUCCUUUGUUCUAGUAAAGUGCAGAAGUGAUCCAUUUGUUUUCUAUUAUUUUUAGAUGUGUAAAUUAAUAUAUAUUUAUUUAAUUGAAAUACCACUGACUAUCCAUCAGUUAACUGCUGCAUUCUGCUUUUGUUAUGUUGAGUCUAUACUGUUGUGUUGUAUGAGUAAAACAGCAAAAAUGUGAAUUCAGACAUUUUAUUAAACUUCAGGCAUGAGUUACUUAUUUCUUCUGGAGAAUAAAACAUACCUUUA